AAAAACCGCAAGAGAAAACUUUUAUUGACGUUAGUCGUGCGGCAAGCGGCCAAGAGUGCAGUGUUUGUGGCAAAGGUGGCAAACAGUGUUCAAAAAAUACACGAGUGAUAAGCUUUAAAGACAUAUUGAACAGAAACACUAGUGUGCUUACGCCAAAGUUUAAAAGUUUUACGAAUAAUAUUUUCAGCUAAAGGAAAUUUUGGUUUUUAAAUUGGCAGAGCGACGGUUUUCGUUUAUACAGAGUUUGAGUAAAUCCACUUAGAAGAAAGCACUAUGAAAUUCGUCCUGCUCCUGUGCAUACUCAGCGCUGUGCUGCUACAAAUUCAAGCCUCCCCCGUCCAGCUGGUCGAGCGCCAGGAACGCGCCAUCGCGCGGCAGCAAGCCGUCAAUGAUGUAGCGCCCGUCGCCGCGCCGGCCGAUGAUGACGAUGACGACGACGACGACGAUGAUGAUGAUGAUGACGAGCCCGAUCUAGGCGAUCUCGUGGACGAUGACGAUGUUGUAUUUCUUUCGGGGCUUUCAGAUGACGACGACGACGAUGAUGAGGAGGACGACGAUGAUGAGGAAGACGACACGCCACAGGGACAAGCGGCGCCAGCUGCCGCUGCUGCCAGCGACGAUGAUGAGGAGGAUGAUGAUGAUGAUUAUUUGGACCGUUUGUUCGAUGAUAUUUUGGGAGAUGAUGAUGAUGAAGACGAUGACGACGAAGACACGCCCGCCGUCGCCAGCGCACCCGUUGCCGCCGCGCCGGUACCAGCCGCUCCUAUAGAGGACCUCGCACCCGUCGGCCAAUCGGCCGUCAGUGGCGGCAUCUCGGACGGUGUUGAUCUACCCCUCGAAAGCGGCAAUGCUGCCGAUGCUGUAGCCGCCGGAAAUGCGGCCGACGAUGCCAACGCUGUCUCCAGCAACAACAACGAAGGUGAACAAAAUGUUUUUUACGAUGAAGAAUUAAGUAGUAAUGUUGUAGAAGAUGGCGGUAGUUUAGAGCCAAUAAUAGAAGAAGAAGAAGAUUUUGAAAGUAGUGUCGUUGAUGGUAGCGAUGUUGUUAGCGAUAGCGAUAGUAAUGGUAAUAUUGCCCACAAUAUUGCCGCACACAUCACCAAUACAGAUACGCAUCUCAUACCGCAUCAUACAAAUACAAUUACAAAUACAAAACUCCAUAACAGUCAAUCACCAAUAUCAGCAUCCACGCCACAGAAACUCAGUCAAAUUCAUACUCAUAAAACAAAUUCGCUGACAAAAGCAAGCGCAGCAACAGCAGCAACAUCCGCCACGCAAACAAUAACAAAGCCAACAACAACUAAUACAAAAACAAACGGUAGUGGUAGUAGUAGUGCAAAUAAGAAGCAACAGCUGGCAGCGCCCAACGCGGCCGGAGGAAGCGUUGCGGCCGCCGCCAAGCCGGCAGUAGCAAGCGCCAAUCCAGCGGCCGGCGCAGCAGCUGUCGCCUCGAAUUUGAAUAACAAUAGUAAUGUUGAGGAUGAUGAUGAUGAUGAUGAUGAUUACGAUGAGGAAGAUGAUGAUGAUAUUGAUGAUGGAGUCGCUGAAAUUACAGGUGCCAUAACAGGUGACGACGACGAGGAGGACGACGAGGCCGACGACGAUGAUGACGACGACGACAUCAUCGGCGAGAAUGUCAUUGAAGCAAGACGCGAAGCACGAAACCUGAAGAAUAAUAUCAUCGAAAUGARCAACGACGCCUUCCAGGAGCGACACAAUCAAUUCAUUGAUUCGAUAUUUUCGCGCAUCAAUCGCAUUGUGGCCGACAAYUACGAUCCGUUUGUAGUGCGCUUGCACGCCCGAGCGGCGACCAAGAAAAGCGGCGCCGCCAGUGGCAGCUCAGCAGGAUAUGCAGCGUCGGUGACGAAGGGGAAGCCGGCAAAGUCAUCAAUGACGAACAGGCAUAAACUGAAAAACACCAAAUCAGAACCACGCGCCCUGGAUGAAGAGCCACGCCGCAUGGCAGUGAGCGACGCUAAGGUACAAAGCAAAUUACAGGAACAACUGCAGCAGUUACAAUUACAGCAAGAGCAAAGCAUCAAAGCAGUCGCUGCUGUGAAAAAAGCGGAUGGCGGUGAUGCUAAAUUAGCGGGAAAUGUCGGCGACGCUGCCAAUGCGGCCGCUACAUUGCCGGAAAUGCGCACCGUAUUAAACGGGGAGGCCAACAAGGCCAACGCCAGCGCCGGCGGCACAAAGAAAACUUCAAACAAGGCACAUAAGACACACACGAAAAAAAGUCAAGCCAAUGCUAACACCCACAACAACAGCAACGCUGGCACUAAACUAAAGCAGAAUACUAAAAAUAACGGUAAUAGUAACAACAGCAACAACAAUGCGCAUGGUGCCGUUGGCAGUGGCAAAGAAAUUGAAAAGCUGCAAAAAGCCGAAGGCAGCCUCUCCGGCUUGGCUUCGUUGAAGCGUGUGGGCAAUGUGAAAGUGGUCGCCGAUCCGGAAGGCUCCAACUCAACCAUUAAGGCCAAAUUCACUUUGGGUCCAUUGACUUUGCGCGURGAAAAGUCAUUCAAACGCGGCAGUGUGCACAGUGUGAARAGCGCUACAGCGCGCACCAACGAGAUGAUUGGCCGCAUCAAAUUCGGCGUCGUCAACGAUCGCGCCACACUCAUGUCCAUUAAGGUGCAGCAGCCAAAGCAGGUGGAGGUGGAGAGCAAGGACAAUCACGACCGCACACGCGAAUUCGUUUGGCGGCGCACACCGAAAAUCGCCAAAUUAGUUAACGAAAAGCUGAAAUUGGCCGCCGAGUCGCUAUUCACAACCCAAGGUGUCGAAGUGGUGAGGCUGUAGAUGACUGCCCGUCUUCGUAGUUAAUUAUAUAUAAUUUUACGCAAAUAUUUGGGAUGCGGGUCGGUGAAAGUUUAGGUUGGCAGUGUAGCUCUACCGUUUUCCAUAAGAAUGGUAAUCGAGAUUAUCUCUAACUUUGUUAAUUAUAAGUAUUCACAAAUAUAUGACCCUAAUUUAUUAUUUA